ACAUGGUAAAUUUCAUUUGAACAAGCUUCAACACAUUUAAGAAUUUUAUAAAAUAGUUUUUCGGUGUCUCUAAAAAGAUUCUUUCAGUCAAUAAAAAGUGACACUUGAUGUUUAGAUGCACCCCCAGAACCAUAAAAGUGAAUGUGCACAAGUGUGUUUCUUAAGAGCCCAUCGUGUGUUGGGGAGGGGUUGGUCCGAGGUGGGGCUUUGAGAGCAGCAUUUAGCUCACUUCUCCUCUGUGUGAAGCCUCAUUCUUGCCUCACGCAGCUGCAGACAUGAGAUAUGACUGAAAUGCCACUUUAGGAGGCUCUUAUUUAUGCACUUGAAGGGCCAGAAACCUGAACAGGCAGAAGUGAAAUUGUCUUUGUGUUGGAUGGCAGCUGGCAGUUUUUUUCCAGCAAGUGAGUGGGAGAUUCUCAGGAUGAGGAGAAGUUUUGGAAAAGGCAAUGAAUGUUCUGUCAAACUCAGUUAUCAGGGCCCAAGAUCAGUCUCUCUGUGGCCCCGGGUCUGUUCAGGAAUUACCUCUUUGCCCUCCGGGCUUCAACCUGAGCUCCCGCUUGAACCCUGCACCCAUGCUCAGCCUCCAGAGUGGCCAAAGAUCAACCAAACCCCAGAGGGAGCUGAGCCCAGAGGAGCAGCAGGAGCUCCGGAGGAAGAUCAACAGCAGGGAGAGGAAGCGGAUGCAGGACUUGAACAUUGCCAUGGAUGCUCUGAGGGAGGUGAUGGUCCCCUAUGCCUCCUCUCCUUCUUCUGCUUCCUCCCAGCCCCACCAACCCGGAGCCCCUCCGGGUCGCAGACUUUCCAAGAUCUCCACCCUGGUUCUGGCCCGGAACUACAUCCUCCUCCUGGGUUCAUCUCUGCAGGAGAUGCGGCGGCUGCUUGGGGAGGUGAGCGUGGGGAUGGGAGUCAACACAGGCCCAGUCCCCCGUUUGCUGCUGGCUGGAGGGUGGCCCCUCAUCUCUGGACCUGGUCAGCUUCUGCUCACUCAGGAGUCACUGCUCUCCUCAACACCACCUUCAUCUUCUUCGUCUUCCACUUCAUCAUCCACCGCAGCUAAAUGCACCCUGCUGUCUCCGGGCCACAUGGAGGUGUCAAUGGCCCCAAUGCAGUGGAGCUCUCCAGGGGCCACAGGUGGGCUCCUGUGCUCUUGUGGUGUCUGCAGACUACCAAGAUACAACCACCCAACUUCAGCUCCCAGGUUCCCAAAGUGACUCCUUCAAGAGGGUUCCUGCGGGACGGACUUGAUACAUGUAUGCAAACUUUUUAUAUGAAUUUUUAUUUUUCUAACAUUUUUUAAUUGCUUAUACUAUUUUACUACAGUACUCACAAAUGUAAAACAUUAUUUGACUCUUCUUUCUGUAAUAUUUUAAAUCCAUUAACGCAUUUUGGUUUCAAGUUGGGAGAAAUUUCAUUUUGAUUUUUUUUUCUUUUCCUAGAUUUGAUUAACUCCUCUUAUUUUUUUAAAUAACAAAUGUAGACUAAUACAUUUGUAAAUGACUGUUUAUCAUGACAAAUGUGAGUUUUGACGACUUGGCUAAAAACGUAGAGUUGAAAGACAGAAUGUGCCCAGGGCUCUUUUGUAAUAAAGAUUAUCAGCUAAAGUCUGUGUUCAAACAUUCCUAUCUCAAGACUGAACUUGUGUUUGUUUAUGGUGUUUAUUCAGAUAAUUAUUUAAUUGUCUCUGCAGCUAAAAGAAGAUCGAACUGAAGAAAGAUUCCCAAUUUCUGUCAUACAGGAAAUUAAAAAAAAGAAAAAUGUGUUUUUUGUGGUUCAAUUAUGUUUAUUUUACUAUACAAUAUACAUUUUUUAAU